AUGCAUUCCGAGUCUGAGCAGCCCAGACUUGGUAUCGUCCAUGUGCAUUGCACGUGUUUCCGAAGUCAAAAGAAAAGUGGCCGUCCCUACAACGUGCAGCUGUCAGUUCAGAGUGCCACCGGUGUGCCUCGUACCACUACCUGUGAAUGCCCCGCAGGAAAGAGUGGAGCCUGCAGCCACAUCCUUGCAGCAGUACGCCUGCUAGCCCUGCUGAAGCAGCAAGGAUUUGCGGAGCCGCCACCAGAACUUUCCUGCACAGAGCUGCCUCAGCAGUGGAGACGCCCGAGACAGAAAGGCAUAAAGCCUGCAAGUGUUCUAGACGUAGACUGGCGAGCCCCACGAGAAGGUGGUGUGCAGUUGCCAGUGACUGCUCGCCUUUCAGAUGCAAGCUUGGACUACCAAGAUGAAGCUAGCCAAGUAGCCGCAAUCCAGUCACUUGGUGCGGAGCUAGAGUCACUGGGUGACUUUCCUUUUGCCGCUGUCUUACUGGACGUGCAGGCUCCUCUGGUGAAGACAAAGGCAGGUCUUGCUCCAGCAGACUCUCCACUGACAUACCAGCAGUCGGACAGGCCGCAUGAUUUUAAGACGUGGAUGUCGUCAACCAUAGCCCCUGGUGCAGGCACUAGUUGUGCUGUCCCACGACUGGCGCUUUUCACUGGUGCAGUGCAGCACACAUUUCCUGAUGUCCUCACAGUUGACGAACAACAAAUUCUGAUGCACCUUCAACUUGCUCCUGAGGAAGCCCAGGACCUAGAAGUGAAUACCAGGCAGCAGGCCCUGAGCGACAGAUGGCACUCUGCACGACAUCACCGCCUCACAGCGUCCACCUUUGGCAGGGUGAUAAAGCGGAAAGAAUGGACCGAGAAAGGACUAAGAAACCUCUUAGACCCAAAGGAUCUGUCCCGUGUACGAGCUAUACAAUAUGGAAAGAAAAAUGAGUCUGUUGCUGCAGAGCGGUAUGCCACUACAAUGAGAGCUGCAGGACACAACGUGACCCUGCAACAUUGUGGCCUUGCUGUGCACCCUAGCUGUCCAUGGCUGGGUGCAAGCCCGGAUAGGUUGGCCUUUGACCCCGAAGAAGGCACCUAUGGUGUGGUAGAGAUAAAGUGCCCCUACUCUUUAAAAGACAGUGAAGCCAAUACUGUAACCACCAAAAACUUUUGUCUUACAUUUGUUGAUGAUACACCGCAGCUCAAGAGAGAUGACGAAUAUUUUUAUCAAGUUUUAGGACAGAUGGCUGUCACAGAAUGCCAGUGGGCGGACUUCGUAGUUUUUUCGGAAAAGUGGAUAGCUGUGGAGCGCAUUUAUUUUGAUCAACAGAAGUGGGACAAUGUUAAGGCACAGUUAGAUGAUUUCUUUUUUACUACAGCUCUGCCUUACUUUGCUGCUCGUAACACUGCUGCGUUGUUAUAAUUCUGGCAAUAUAUGUUUUGUAAUGAGGUUGCAUUGAUAUGUGGAUUGAACAUUUUUCUUCAUUGUAGUGAUCUACUUUGCAGCUUGUGAGCGAUCACAACGUUGUUCUAGCAGAUUUAUCAGUUCUGUAUGUGAAGGUUGCGAAAACACCUAGUCGAAAGAUUUAUGCCUACAGCGGGGCCAACUACGAGGCGAUUAGCGCUGCUUUCGAGUCGUUCUUUCCAACUUUUGAUGCACUCGCAGAUGAUCUAGAUAUCGAACAACUGUGGAAUACUUUCAAACUGAAAAUGUUUGAACUACGUGAAGGUUUUGUCCCAUCACGAGUUAUAUCAAGUAGGCGAGCUCAAGACAAACCCUGGUUUAAUGCAGAGUUACGUGCCCUUGUUCGAUGACAGCGACGAACUUAUCAGAUACAAGGCGUCUAAUUCGCCAGAGCAUUUGGCCUUGCUGAAAGCAAUAGAAAUUGAAUUUAGACAAAAGUCUGACAUCGCUAAGGACUUGUAUUUUUUUAAUCUAGAUGAAAGACUUUUCAGGGAUACCAAAGAAUUUUGGAGGUAUGUGAAGCGUAAUGGCAAGGACAACAGAUUGAUACUUGCUUUAAAAAAUGAUGAAACACUUAUUCAUGAUAAUGAGUCUAAAGUUGAAAUUUUUAGCCGUUAUUUUUUAUCUGUGUUUUUGCCGUCUAGCUCAUGUACUAUCUGUUUUGAAUUACCUAUUGAAAUAGACCGCAUGCCGGAAGUCACCUUUUGUGUCGAUGGUAUCCGUAUGUGAACCAGACUAAGGCAUGCGGCCCUGAUGACAUUCCUGCCGCUAUCAUAAGAAAUUGUGCGGACGCAUUAUAUUUUUAUUUCACCCGAUUGUUCGAGAAGUCCCUCAGUGAAAUAGACAUGCCUGAUGAUUGGAAAUUAGCGCGAGUCGUGCCCCUACAUAAGAGUGGUGUGCGAAACUCCGUUCAGAACUACAGGCCCGUUUCCUUAACUAGUAUAACCUGCAAAAUUAUGGAGCACGUAAUAUACAGUUGCGUUAUGGCCCAUUUAACUAAACAUAAUCUCCUAAGCCCCAGCCAACAUGGUUUCAGGCGUGGUUUAUCUUGCAAUACACAGUUGGUAGAAUUUAUACACUAUUUAGCCUCGGCUCAAUAAGCAACAAGUUGUGGACUGCAUUUUCUUAGAUUUCCGUAAAGCAUUUGAUGUAGUCGCACACAGUCUCCUAAUCUCUAAAUUAAAAGCUUUAACUUGGAUGGUCAAAUAAUAGCGUGGAUUGCUGAAUAUUUGUCAUUGCGGAAACAGGCUGUUGUUCUGAACGGUAUAUCUUCACAAUAUGCAUCAGUUACGUCGGGAGUUCCCCAAGGCUCAGUGUUGGGGCCACUAUUGUUUUUGUUGUACAUUAAUGAUAUUUCAAUUGGUAUACAGUCUUCAUUCAGGAUGUUUGCCGAUGAUUAUGUUCUUUAUAGAGUCGUAGAUUCCAUUUCCGAUUCACAAAUCCUGCAAGUUGACUUUACUAUAGCAGACUGGUGUGUGCGUUGGGAUAUGUCAUUAAAUAUAAAUAAGACUGUUCACGUCACCUUCACAAGAAAACGAGCUAAUCAUCCAUAUAGGUAUAGAAUUCAUGAUUUUACUCUAAGCAUAAGCAAGGAAUUUAAAUACCUAGGCGUCUUUUUUACUUCUGAUUUACGAUGGAACAAGCAUGUUAACUAUAUUGUAAAUAAGGCAGCAUCAGUUUCGGGAUUCUUGUGGCGCAAUUUUAGUCAUUUACCGAGUAACUUAAAAACGCAGCUGUAUUUCAGUCAUGUACGUUCAAUACUUGAAUAUGGAUAUGUUUGUUGGGACCCACACACAUCUGAGCUUAUAAAUAAAUUAGAAAAAAUUCAGAAUAGGGCAGUUAGAUUUGUUCUUGGUAACUAUAGUCGGCAGCUUAGCAUGACAGAAAGCAAACAAACUUAAAUGGCAAGAGCUGAAGGAUCGUAGAAGGCAUAUCAGAUUAAAAUUUUUCCACAAUAUUUAUUAUUCUAAAACGGGCACAAACCGCGUAGUAUAUAUCCAGGCACCACACUACAUAUCUAAGCGACUGGACCACUGUUUGAAGGUCAGGGAAUUUUCUUGUAGGGGUGACGUUUUCCGUUAUUCUUUUUUUUGUUAGAACUGUUCUAGAUUGGAACUGUUUGCCAUCGCGCAUUGUUACAUCACAGAAAAUGAUGCUUUCUUCCACACAUUGUAAUUAUUUGUUCAUGUAUUUAGUUAAGUUUGUAACCUCCCUGCUGUAAUGCCCUACGGGGGAUGCAGGUAACUAAUAAAUAAAUGGUGAUAUUUUGUAUUUAUGGCUUUUUUUGUGCUAGACAUUGCCUUUCUUUGUAUUAUUGUCCAUUCCUUAUUGUUUGUAUAAUCAUCAUUGCAUAUUUUAUUUUAAAUCGUUUAUUCCAGCCGAGCUCGAGCUACGAUGAAGAACAAGCUGUACGGCUGAUGAUAAAUACAAAUGAGGAAUUUGUAGUGUCGCUCUCUCGUGUCUCUGUUUUUUUUCCGAUGAAUCACCAACAUGC